UGAUAACCCGUUGCUCAGGCUUCACCAGAGAGGCGUGACACGGCUUACUCCUUCUCCACUGCGCAGCACGUUGGGCAACACACUGCUCUCUUCUGCCGCUCGUUCCACGCCGCACCACGUUGAUCUGUGAUUCCCCGGUGAUUCUUGCUCGUGAGAGCUUCGGCGUGAGCUUCGGGUUCGCAUUCGUGCGACAUCUCACUCGCCUACUUGGCCUCUGACCUGUCGCACCUCAGCCUGGUUUUAUAAUAAGAGCAGGACAAGAUAGUUACCACAACACCUGCAGUCGAUAGCAUCCCCGCCAUGGCUCCCUCAUUCCUGAAUUUCAAGGAGUUGCGAAGACGGUCGAGGGCAAGCUUCAGAACCGAACGGUCGACAGACGAGUCCAGCGAGGCCAGCCACAACACGACCCCCACCAGCGGCUCCCUGACGCCGCCAUCGAUCGGUGCCCAGUCGGAUCCCGCUCUGCAUCUGCAGUUGAAAGAGCAGACCCAGCCCCAGACUCAAUCUCAGUUUCUGUCUCCUCCCGGCACUGCGAUCCGCCGCCCACAGACUCAUCCAUACCCAAAUGGCGGCACUAACCGGCAUAGCGUCUCGGGCAUGGUCGGCCUGGGGUCUCCGUUACCGAGCGGAAAGGGGCCAAGCUUGCCGGUAUCUCCAUACUCUCCACGAGUAACAAAUGUCGCAGAUAGUUCGUGGGUCUACCAAAAAGUUCUCCUUGUUCAUGGCACCAUUGGCGACCCAUCUCACCACUCGCUCGAUGGGACGCUUACCGUGAGCCGGCUGGAUGACAACUUCCCUCCUCUUGCAUGGCCGGUGUGCGACUCCCGCUUCAAGGCCCUCGUAUACUUGAUGCCAGGCGCCAACCGCCUGCGGUUGGACUUCUCCAGUCCCAAACUCGCCAACAGCGGAUCUUCCAACCCCAUCCAUGCCUCUUACCUAACGGUACACAUGAUCCCACCCGUCGGUGCCCCUCCCUUGCAACUGGCGAUUCUCCUGGCGAAGGAUUCCCCCGGUACUUUUGAUGCAAUCCCCCCGCGGAUCGAACGGGAAGGAAACGGGCUCGACAUUGCCGUACGCAAAUUCCGCAUGGCUGCCUACCUCUGGCAGGCAUUUACGGCCGAGCAGAUGUGGCGUAACAAGCUUGGCCGCCGCGUCUUCAGGUUCGAGGAGGAGUGGACCACGGGCGCGGCAAGCCACAGGGACAGGGACCACGGCACCCUUCGAUCCGAGGCGCGAGUGCACAUCAUCCGGACCGACAAGACGGUGGCCGAGCUCCGGGAUCUCAACCUGGCACAGCAGAAUCCAAAGGCCAGUGAUGCAGGGGGGCUCUAUGGUAUCACGGCAGACGCGGUGCGCGACUACUUCAAGCCGCUCCCGGGGCAGAAGUUGUACGUGUCAGUGCUCCUGCUAGACGCGCACUGGGACACAAAUUCCAAGACGAUUGUCGGCCACGCCGCCCUGGGAGGACGGGUCGGCGACCUGCACCUCGGCAUAUUCGGAUCCCACUGUCUCCAAAGCUAUCCGUCCAGCUUCGAGGAGAUAGUACCCGCCUUCACAGACUGCACGCCAACCGACACCGCCCACGUCGGCAAUGACUGCAACGAAGCAGGCAGCUCCUGGGAGGCAGCCAGCCUCGGCAUUGGCGCCCACCUGCACGAGACGGGACACCUCUUCGGCCUGCCACACCGAGAGAGCGGUGUCAUGGCAAGGGACUUUGUCGUCCUCAACCGCACCUUCCUCACCCGCGAAGCCUACUCCACCCGAACCCGCUCCAGAGGCGGCCCCGUCGCCCAAGAAGACGAGUGCACCUGGCACCGCCUCGACUGUCUUCGGUUCCGCAGCCACCCGUGCUUCCGCCUGCCCAACGACCCCGUCCUCCACCUGGACGACAGCGUCCAAGGCUGGCCUAUGGACGGCACGCUGACGCUCACCGCCGCCACGGGGAUCGCCUACGUCGAGAUUUUCGCCGGCGACGGCGGCGACGUCUGCCGCGCUUGGAUCGAGUACCCCCCCGAAAACGGCGGUAGCGUGCAGCGGAUGGUCUCGCUUAGCGAGCAAGAUUUGCGGAGCAGACUGCCCGGGGCCAACGAGAACAACAACAGCAGCAGCAGCAGCAGCAGCAAGCGGAAGGAGAAGCUGCGCAUCUCGGCGAAGUCGUACGGCGGCGGGACGCUCGACGUCGACGACUUUGCCAAGUUGUGCUCUAAGGAAGAAGCGUGCGUGAAGCUGCCCGGCCUGUCCAAGACGGCGUUCCGCGGCAAGAAGCUGGGCAUGUCGGCGAUGGAUGGGUCCGAGCCUCACGAGUUUGUCUUUUCCAGCGCGCUGCGGCAGGAUCGCGUGCUAUCCAAGAUCGUGUUCUACCACGGGUCGGCCGUGGACGGCAUUGAAUUUGUCUACGACGACGACUCAAGACAGCUGCUCGGCAAGAAGGGGGGCAAAAAAGGUGGCGAUGUCUUUGACAUGGGUAGGCCUUUCAUCCUCUUCUCCUACUUCAAUUGUCUCCCAUUUCCAAUUGAUCUGGCACACGUAUGACUGACUUUUGGCGGGCAACGCAGAUGUCCGUCGUGGCGAGUACAUCACGGGCUUCUUUGUCCGCUCUGGCUUCUGGAUCGACGCCAUCCAGG